UAAUGCAUGAGAUGCUUCUUAGAAUGCAUUUGAGUUGCAUCUUAGAAUGCAUGAGUUGCUUCUUAGAAUGCAUUUGAGUUGUAUCUUAGAAUGCUUUUGAGUUGCAUUUUAUAAUGCAUGAGUUGCAUUUUAGAAUGCAUUUUAGUUGCCGUUUAGAAUGCAUUUGAGUUGCAUCUCAGAAUGCAUUUGACUGCAUCUUGAAAUGCACUUUACUGCAUUUUGGAAUGCACUUUACUUGCAUCUUGGAAUGCAUUUUAUUUGCAUCAUAGAAGGCAUUUAAGUUGUAUCUUAAAAUGAAUUUGAGUUGCAUCUUAGAAUGCACUUGACCUGUAUUUAAUUUGUACCUUGGAAUGCACAUGACUUGCAAAUGAACACUCCGCGCCACCUAGACUUGGUCUCAGGCACACUCGACACCGCCUCCCUCCCUUCGCCGGCUUACCUGAUCGAUCGCGCACAAUAAGCGUUGCGGGAUGGCUGUGCUGAAGGCAGGGGGAGCUGAAAUUCAACACGAUCAGCGCUGGAGAUGCGCGACCUGGUGAGGCGGCGGGUUUUGCUUUCGGAGUCAUCCCGAGCUGAGGACCAGAGAAAGCUGCCAUCCUCCGACACCCGUUCCCUCCACUCACUGGGACAUCCGCCCGUUAUCCUUUUAAAACAGAUAAAUCAUAACAAUCUCUAGUUCGGCCAUGCAGUUGCCUCCUAAGGAACCACAGAGGAAGAGAUUGCGGGAUUUGGCUCUUGAGGUCGGCAUGAGAGCUUUCCUCUUCGGAGUUUUUGUUUUCACAGAAUUUCUGGAUCCUUUCCAGCGAGUUAUUCAGCCUGAAGAGAUGUGGCUUUACAAGAAUCCCAUUGUGCAGUCAGAUCACAUACCCACUCGGAUAAUGUUUGCCAUUUCAUUCCUCACACCUCUGGCGGUGAUCUUUGUGGUCAAAAUAAUUCGAAGGACAGAUAAAACGGAGAUUAAAGAAGCCUGUUUAGCUGUCUCUCUGGCGCUUGCUCUGAACGGAAUCUUUACCAAUACGAUUAAGCUAAUAGUGGGAAGACCACGUCCUGAUUUCUUCAACCGCUGUUUCCCUGAUGGUGUGAUGAACCCUGAGAUGCAUUGCACAGGUGACCCAGAUGUCGUUUCAGAGGGAAGAAAGAGCUUCCCAAGCAGCCAUUCAUCUUUUGCUUUCUCAGGUCUGGGUUUCACCACCUUCUACUUGGCUGGGAAGCUGCACUGUUUCACGGAUAUCGGCCAAGGCAAGUGCUGGAGGCUGUGUGCUACUAUCCUCCCUUUAUACUGCGCGGUGAUGAUAGCCUUGUCGCGGACUUGUGAUUACAAGCAUCACUGGCAAGAUGCACUGGUUGGUGCCUUGAUUGGCAUCAUCUUUGCCUACCUUGCCUACAGACAACAUUAUCCGUCGUUGAGUCACAUUGAAUGCCACAAGCCACAUGUCUGCCUCGUGGUUCAGGUAUCCGCUGAUCAGGAAGAAGUGCCCACUCCAGAGAAAGCUACCAGCCUGGCUUUAGAGGGAGUAAAUGAAGGUCCUGUAUGACUAGCAAACUUCUUACAUGGACAAUUAUCCCUCCUUACAUUCCACAUAAAUCAAAACAAAUUCUACUUAAAAUCCAUCCCAUAAAUCUCAUGUACUUCUGACCUUCAUAUGUCCAAAGGAAAGCACACUGAUCUACAACUAAUUUUGCUUUCAACGUAAUGGCAUAUGUUGAUGCCAAGAGAAAAUUUCAUUUUAAAAUGGUAAUCAAAUAUUAAACAUGGUGUAAAUGGCAUUGUUCUUUAAAUGCACAAGACAUCAAAAAAAUGAAUGCAAUGAGUGCAAGAUUGAAGCAACCAAGAUGUUUGCGCAAUAUUGAAAGAAAAUGCAUUAGUUCCAUAUAAUUACAAUAUUGACAGUAUGAAGAGAUCAUGGAUAAAUCUUUGUUUAAUAUGUAAUUAAAAAACGUUGAUGAAUGCUGUGAAAUUAAUAUUGUGAAACAAUUAUACAGGUUGCAGUGAAGAUGUAAUUACCAAUGUUAAGCAAUGACAUUCAGGAAUGAUCUGAAUAAAUGUAUUGAAAUUUCAUUUUUCUAUGCUCACGUUAUGUGGCAUUAUUCAUUAAAACUGAUGUUAUUUAAAUUCGUUUUUUGCAUUGGGUAUGUCUU